AUGGCUGGAAAAGCACAGACUUUAUUAGAAGCAACAUUUAAUAUGUUUAAUACAAGUAGUGAAAAUACCUUUACAAAUACUUUGAAUGAUUGGCGUAAAAAUUUUAGAAUAAGACAAAAUUCUGCUGUGUCGAUAUUAUGUACAUAUUGGGCCAUUAAAACUAAAGCAUUAAAACUUGCAUUUUUAAUUACUAUGAUGGAAAAAAGUUCAUUUAUAACAAAUACUAAUCAUAAUGAACAUGAAAGUAAUGAAGAUACAGUAUGUCAUGAUGAAAAUUUUAUUGAUAUAUCACUUUGCAAUCAAUGGGAUACCAAUAAGAUUAAAAGUAUAGGUUUAACAAAGUUAGAUAAUAACAAUCCAUUUUUUCAAGAUCUUUACAGAUUAUAUAGCAAUCAUUUAGGUUUAAAAGCUAUGUUAUUAAACAGAAAUUUGAAAUAUUAUAGAUCUAUCGCAUACACAGUUCUUAAAAGUAAUCAGGAUUCUCUUAUCUGA